AGAAUGGGCACCUCGAGGCUUUAUUCUAAAGGCCCUGGGUAGGUACCUAGGUAGAGAUACCUUUAUCAAUCACCAAGACGCCCCAACUCGAACAUACCUGGUACCUACUCCCUCAGUCUCAAGUAUUUAGACAGACAUGCCUUAGGCACGUGUUUAUGAGGCAGCAUCAUUUCCUUUCUACCUACUAAGGUACCUAUUUACCUACCUAUCUUAUCCUUUCGCUCCUUUCGCUAUCACACAUACAAUCGUAAUUUAUUUGUGCAGCGGCCCCACCCACCCAACGUCAAAUGCUCAAACGCUCUUUGCGUCUUGCGAUGAAGAGAAAUCUCGACUCAUUUCUCAAGGAUCACUAUUCGUUGACUUCCAAAUCGGUCACGACCCCAAGAACGCCAUCUCCCAAAGUCAAAGUUCCUGGACCGCCUGCCAAGGUUCCCAAGUCCAAGUCCAAGCCCAGCAUGGUGACCACCACCAUUCAACUCACCAGCAAGGAGCAGCAGCUCCGCCGUUUGCUUCUCGAUGUUGCCAAAGAUAUAGACGAGUCCGGAAAAGCUCCAGAGCCUAUUGUUCUCCGUUGGGCCGGUGGCUGGGUACGCGACAAGCUGCUCGAUAUCCAGAGUCAUGACAUAGACGUGGCCAUCAACGCCAUGACUGGGGUCCCUUUUGCUCAAGCUAUGUGCGAUUAUUGUGAACGACCAGAGGCCAUGUCCAAGCACAGCAUUGGCCAUGCAGAUAUUGGAAGCCUCCACAACGUUGCGCGCAACCCUGAGAAGUCCAAGCAUCUGGAAACGGCCAUGAUCAAGAUGUUUGGUCUGGAUCUCGAUUUCGUCAACCUCAGAAAGGAAACCUAUACCGAGGACAGUCGAAACCCUCAAAUGGAAUUCGGUACGGCUGAAGAGGACGCUCGCCGCCGCGAUGCCACCGUGAACGCACUCUUCUACAACUUACACGACGAUCGUGUUGAAGAUUUUACGGGGGGACUUGCAGAUAUGGAAGCUAAAAUAAUCAGAACCCCUUUGGAGCCCUUCCAGACCUUCAUGGACGACCCUUUGAGGGUUUUGAGACUUGUUCGUUUCGCCAGCCGGCUCCAAUUCACAAUUGACGCCAGCACGCGCAGAUACAUGGCAGACCCAAAGGUCCUCGAGGCAUUGCGUGCCAAGAUCAGUCGAGAGCGAGUUGGCGUAGAGUUGGAGAAAAUGCUCAAAGGAGAUCACCCUUUUGAAGCACUUCAACUCAUCCAUGAGUUACAACUCUUCCAUGCAAUCUUUACCGACCCAACCCAGGAGAACCUCCCAGUCCCCGAUAUAUCGCGCUGGGCUGUUGCUUAUACUUGUCUUGAUGAGCUUCUCAAGGAUCGAGACUCGACUUCCAUCGCUGGUCGACUUAUCACAUCCACGGAUGCCACAUACUCCGCUUGGAACCUUGCCGCGCUCUCUCCAUGGAUGACGGUCGAAGAGCCUCCGCAUCCUCGUAGGAAAGCAAACGCUCUCCCUCUCGUGGCCAUUGUCUCGCGCGAAGGCUUCAAAGCCCCAAAUCGACUUUCGAGUGUUGUUGCUGCUUCGCAUCGCAAUCGUGAUGAAAUUUUGAAGUUGAAACGUGCCGUCUGCAAUGGAGAGUCGUACAUCCAAGAACGAGAUCGCUUCGGCAUGGCAAUCAGGAAGUGGGACACGCCCGCUGGUACCUGGAGACUGCAGGUUUUGAAUGCACUACUCGUCGAGGCCCUAGAAACCCUGACGGUCUGGCGCCAAGAAGAGUCAGCAGAACAAAGUAACUUCUUAGCAGGCUGGAAGAGUUUCCUCGACCACCUCGCCAAGUUAGACGUUUAUGAAGUUACGACACUCGAAAAGCUCCUUGAUGGCGGAAAGCUCGCCAAAGCACUUGGUGGUAUCAAACCGGGGAAAUGGACAGGUCCGGCUCUAGAUGUAUGUGUUGCAUGGCAACUUCGCAACCGUGGCGAAUCAGACCCAACCGGCGCAAUAGAAGAAGUACAGCGGCGGAGAGAAGAGUUGGGGAUACCGUGAGUAAGGAGCUAAGUUGGUAUUCGUUCCAAGUCGGCAGCUCUGCAUAGCAUAUGCCCUGGUGCAGCCUAUUCUAAGUGUGUCAAGUAGGUAUUGGCCUAGGCAAAGCUGCCAUGACUUGACUAUCAUGAUGGAUACACGACCUGUAUGGAUGCAAUGCAUAUUUAGAGCUAAAAGACCCUACAUUGCAAUUGAUACGAUCAAGUGAAAUGAUAAAGAACUUGACAAAAUAGAGCUAGUUUCCAUACAGUGCGACCAACUGAGUUUUUGACACC